AACGCACCUUCUUAACCAGUGGCCAUCUUACCAGAAGGACGCUAUAGCAUAUUGCACACAUGGUUUUGUGAUGACAUUGGGGUCAUACAACAAUGGCUUUGUGUAUUCAGUCUUUCGCCCAUAUCUCCUCAAUCUUGUUUACCCACAAACAGAACAGAAUAUUACAUGGUUUGUUUUCUUGCAUUGCUACCUGGUUGAUAUUGUCACCUCACUAAGGUUUUUGUUUGUUUUACGAAAGACCUUUUGAAAUGGCCUGUUUGUGUCUGACAAGUUGAAGGAUAUGUAGUCAUGAGUAAUGGUAAAUGUUAAACGGCUUCAAUUGGCUCGUUGACUAAUUUGGCUUAAAAAAUAAAUCAUCAACCCCUUAAGGCAUAUUGACUCUCAAUGUUAAUAUACGCACUAACAAACUAUUUAAUACAGUGCUCGGCCCUGCUAAAGGCUGAAUGUUGGUGUUUACCUGUGACUGUGAGCAAGGAUGAAUGAGAGAGCAAGGACAAAAAUGUGCGUUUGAGUGCACGCGCACGUAUGAGACAGCGGCGUCUGCCCGGUAUGCCUUUGCACUUCUAAAUCAUGUGGCUGCAACAUGCGGCAUCCAUCUUGACACUUCUGUCAGCCAGUGGUAGUGCAGCCUGGCUGCCUGCAUCACCGGGCCGCCAGCCAGUAGCAGCAGAGCGGAGGCGGGGCUGAGGGAGACAUUUAGUUUGACAUUGUAAAUAAGCAGAGAGCAGUUGUCAGAGAGCAGCCUGUGGUUCCUUUCUUCUCCGUCCUGCCGCGAGUCAAGCGAGAGCCGCCAGAGGAGACACCAUGCAGAGAGUAGAGGAUGUCUGCCGAUGCGUUUGGAGCCGGGGGCACCGAUGCCCAGCAGACCCUGCAGUCCUUCUGGCCCCGCGUCAUGGAGGAGAUCCGCAACCUCACUGUGAAGGAUUUUCGCGUGCAGGAGUUGCCUCUCGCCCGCAUCAAAAAGAUCAUGAAGCUCGACGAAGACGUCAAGAUGAUCAGCGCUGAGGCUCCGGUGCUGUUCGCCAAGGCAGCCCAGAUCUUCAUCACAGAGCUCACUCUGAGAGCCUGGAUCCACACCGAGGACAACAAGAGACGCACCCUGCAGAGGAACGACAUCGCCAUGGCAAUAACAAAGUUUGACCAGUUUGACUUCCUGAUUGACAUUGUGCCCAGGGAUGACCUCAAGCCCCCAAACGCCAGGCGGCAGUGCUACAUAUGA